AAAUAGGGGUGAGCGAGUCUGCGUUACAUCAUACAUGCAAAAGAUUCUAAACAAAACCGCCAGUUCUCUCUCCCCCGCUGUUUAGUGCUCUGCAAGUUAGCUGUCGAGUGACGAAGCAGAGUGAACAGAAAGACAAACAGUCAUUUAGAGAAAAAGAGAGAGUAAAUAAUCUGUUAGGGAUGGCAAUCCCUCAAGUCGAGCCGCACCGGGGCAGGGCUCGACCAGCCACAACGCGACCGGCGGUGCGAGGAACUGUCCGGGCCAGGGUUCCACUUCGGAGACUUCUCCGCGUAGCUUCUAUCGCUUGCGGGAUACAAUUCGGAUGGGCUUUACAACUCUCUCUGUUGACGCCCUACGUGCAGGAGCUGGGAAUUCCGCAUGCGUGGGCUAGCGUGAUAUGGUUGUGUGGGCCGCUCUCGGGCCUGCUUGUGCAGCCCUUUGUAGGCCAUAUGAGCGACCGAUGCACCAGUCACUUCGGCCGACGAAGGCCUUUUAUACUCGCCGGCGCUGUUUCCAUUGCCGUGUCAGUUCUGAUCAUCGGUCACUCGGCGGAUAUUGGCUGGAUGCUCGGCGAUAAUGUCGAUCACAGACCCGGAGCGAUUGCCGCAUUUGUUUUGGGGUUUUGGAUUCUCGAUGUGGCCAAUAACAUGACUCAGGGUCCUUGUCGAGCUCUUCUCGCUGAUCUAACAGAGAAGGAUCAUCGGAGGACUCGAGUGGCAAAUGCUUACUUCUCACUAUUUAUGGCGGUUGGUAAUAUUCUUGGGUUUGCCACUGGAGCAUACAGUGGUUGGUUCAAAAUUUUUCCAUGGACCAUUACCCAUGCGUGUGAUGUUGACUGCGCCAAUCUCAAGUCAGCUUUCUAUCUUGACGUCGCUUGUAUUGCAAUCACAGCAUAUUUAAGCAUCUCAGCAGCUCAAGAAUCACCUCUGAAUUUAAGGGAUAGUUCUGCACCUUCUGUUGAAGGACAUGGACCGUCAAGCCACGCUCAAGAAGCUUUCCUCUGGGAACUAUUUGGGGCUUUUAGAUAUUUCUCAAGUUCUAUAUUGGUAAUUUUGUUGGUUACAGCUCUCAAUUGGACUGGAUGGUUUCCCUUUCUUUUGUUUGAUACUGAUUGGAUGGGUCGAGAGAUCUAUGGUGGAAAGCCAAAUGAAGGGGAGAAUUAUAAUUCUGGUGUUAGAAUGGGUGCUUUGGGUUUGAUGUUGAAUUCACUUGUUCUUGGAAUAACGUCAGUUUUUAUGGAGAGGCUCUGCAGAAAGUGGGGAGCUGGUUUCAUUUGGGGACUUUCAAAUCUCCUGAUGACUGUCUGCUUCGUUGCAAUACUUAUACUCUCCUAUGUGGUGUCCCGUUUGGGCUAUGUAGGCCAUUCCUUGCCGCCUCACGGUGUUGUUAUAGCUGCUCUGAUUAUUUUUGCUAUUCUUGGUUUUCCUCUUGCAAUCACAUACAGUGUUCCAUUUGCCUUGAUUUCCUCACGUAUUGAACCUCUAGGAGUUGGGCAAGGUUUGUCAAUGGGAGUUCUGAAUCUAGCAAUUACAAUCCCACAGAUGGUGGUUUCGCUUGGGAGUGGACCUUGGGAUCAGCUAUUUGGUGGUGGAAACUCACCCGCUCUCGCUGUAGGAGCAUGCUCUUCCUUUGUGGCUGGAGUUUUAGCCAUCUUGGCUAUUCCUCGAUCUAGCCCUGUGAAGCCCACCUCUCUCACAUGAGUUACAGAAACUUAUUGAGCUGGAGACACAUGGAAUCUGACAUCUGAAGAGAGUAUAGAUUUCAGAGAAGCAGACAAUAUUUUAUACAGAGGAAACAAAGAAAACAGAUUCUUCAAGUUGCUCAGAUUCUGAGAAAAAGUUUGAAGAAAAGGAAAAAAAAGAAAAGAAAAGGUUCUGCUAUGCUUGUAUUGUUCCAGAAAGAGUGAUGAUGGUAGGGUUACUUCUGAGACAGCCAAAUAUAUGGCCAAUGCAGAGUCUCUCACCCUUUGUUGUGAGAAAAAGGAUACACAUUAAAUGGUUAGAGUUGGUGCACGUAAUUGUCUCUCAGUGUUUUCUAUCUUC